GACGGACACUCGAUAUGAAGGGCGGGGCUACGCACAGAGCGUGAUGGCGUCAUGACGAACGCUUUACAAUAAGCGCUGCGCUCCGCAAAUCUACGCACACGGGACUCGGCCUUGAUCCUCUCGCCGAAUAACACUUUUGAACGUCACGGGUCCACUCUGUCUGAGCUGGAGUGGCUGACAUGAGUGACACUCUGGAAUUCAAUGAAAUUUAUCAGGAGGUCAAGGGCUCCUGGAACGAUGGGCGUCUUCGCUUCAGUAAGCAGACAGUGGUGUAUAAAAAUAGUAAGACCGGGAAGGUGGACAGCAUUCCGGUGCCUGAGCUUUCUCAAGCCCAGUGGAGGAGAGUCUGUCUGGGUCAUGGCAUCAAGCUGUGCACCAGCACUGGAAACAUCUACAAAUAUGAUGGCUUUAAAGACACAGACCUUGAGAAGAUCUCAGAGUACUUCAAAGCCAACUACAAAGUGGAGCUGGUUGAGAAAGAUAUGUGUGUGAAGGGUUGGAAUUGGGGCACUGCUAAAUUUAAUGGGCCCUUGCUUUCAUUUGAGGUGAAUGAGAGUCCUGCGUUUGAGAUUCCGCUCGCCAGCGUGUCUCAGUGUGCGACGGGAAAGAAUGAAGUCACCGUGGAGUUUCAUCAGAAUGAUGACUCAGAGGUAUCCCUCAUGGAGGUGCGCUUCUAUGUCCCACCCACCACAGGGGACGAGGGCUCAGACCCUGUGGAGGCAUUUGCUCAGAACAUUCUGUCCAAGGCAGAUGUCAUUCAGGCGACUGGAGAUGCUGUGUGUAUCUUCAGAGAGUUGCAGUGCCUCACACCUAGGGGCAGGUACGACAUCCGCAUUUAUCCAACAUUCCUCCAUCUGCAUGGUAAGACAUUUGACUACAAGAUCCCAUACACCACAGUGCUGCGCCUUUUCCUGUUGCCUCAUAAGGACCAGCGGCAGAUGUUCUUUGUGAUCAGUCUGGACCCACCUAUUAAACAAGGUCAAACCCGCUAUCAUUUUCUCAUUCUCCUGUUUUCAAAAGAAGAGGAUAUCAACCUUACUCUCAACAUGAACGAGGAUGAGGUGGAGAGGCGUUUUGAGGGGAAACUUCAUAAAAACAUGUCUGGCUCUCUCUAUGAGAUGGUUAGCAGAGUCAUGAAGGCCCUGGUCAACAGAAAGAUCACAGUGCCUGGAAAUUUCCAAGGUCACUCAGGAGCUCAGUGUAUAACAUGUUCAUAUAAGGCCAGUUCAGGGCUGUUGUAUCCUCUGGAAAGAGGUUUCAUCUACGUUCACAAGCCCCCAGUGCACCUACGCUUUGAGGAGAUCGCCUGCGUGAACUUUGCUCGUGGAACCACCACAACCCGCUCCUUUGAUUUCGAGAUUGAGACCAAGCAGGGAAAUCAGUACACCUUCAGCAGCAUCGAGAGGGAGGAAUAUGGGAAACUCUUUGACUUUGUCAAUGCUAAGAAGUUAAGCAUCAAGAACAGAGGCUUCAAAGAGAAAAAGGGCAUGAAAGGUAACGAUGACAUGUACAGCGACUCAGACGACGACCAGCAUGACGCAUACCUGGAGCGCAUGAAAGAAGAGGGCAAGAUCCGCGAGGAGGCCAAUGACAGUGACGACUCAGAGGGCGAGAGUGAUGAGUCUUUUAAUCCUGGAGAAGAAGAUGAUGAAAUUGCAGAAGAGUAUGACAGUAAGGCCUCUGCCAGUGAAAGCAGCGCUGAUGAUGGGGACAGUGAUGGCGAUCGGAAGAAGAAACCAGCCAAGAAAGCUAAAUUUGUAAAAGAAAGAAAACCACGAAAGAAAGAGAAAAAGGCAAAGGACAGUAGCGCCCCCAAGAGGCCAAUGAGUGCCUACAUGCUCUGGUUAAACUCUAGCAGAGACCGCAUUAAAUCAGAGAACCCGGGCAUCUCUAUCACAGAAAUCUCUAAGAAGGCUGGAGAAAUGUGGAAACAACUUAGCAAAGAGAAGAAAGAGGAAUGGGAGGCAAAAGCAGAGGAAGCAAAGAAAGAGUAUGACCGGGUGAUGAGAGAGUACAAGGAGAGUGGAGGAGGCUCCUCAGGCAGCUCCAAAAAGGAGAGAAAGAAGAAAGGAGGGAAGAAUGAAGAAAAGAGGAAAAGGAAGUCUGGUGGUGGUAGGGAAAAAGAGAAGGAGCGCGCUACAGGCAACGAUAGCUUUAAGAGUCGAGAGUUCAUAUCCAGUGAAGAGAGCUCGUCAGAGUCAGACAAAGGCAAGGGACGGAAACGCAAGGGGUCUGAUGAUGAAGAGGAAGUGGUCAGCACACCGCCUAGCUCUGAAGAGUCCGGCUCAGACUAAAAGACACUAAUGACACACAUUAAAAGGGGAGUGAAAGAAAACACCAUUUCCCUUUCAUCAUUAUAAUGCACACGACCUGAUGGAAUCCCGAUACAGUACAAAUUACAGCAUAACAAGUUUUGUUUUGUUGUCAAGACAUCAUAAACACUUUUGUAUAUACCUUUGGUAGUGUUGACAUUAAUGGAGAAGAGGAAAAGUUCACCAAGAAAUGGAAAUUCUGUCGUCAUUUAAUUACAACCAUGUCGCUUUAAAUCCACAGGACCUUUUCUUCUAUGGAAUACAAAAGGACAGAUUUUGACGUACUGGAGUUUUUUUUCCAUGCAAUUACAAUGAAUGAAGACUAUGGCUUUAUAUGGCACCAUGAAGAUAUAAAAUAUGAAUAGUGCACUAUAUUCCGCACCUUAGCUCUCCUUGGAAUAAAACAUGGGUGGUCUAUUCCUUUAAAAUAGUGAGUAUUUCAUGAUGUCCUGUUCUUGUUCAGAUAUCUGCUUGUACAGAGAUAUUUUACAGUGCUGCUUUCCAAACACAACAGAAACCGACACAGCUAUUAAGCUUGCUCUAUAUGUAUUCGCAUUUAAAGCCUUUUUUUACAUUAGUACUCAUCCUGUAUUCGUAUUUUUUGAGUUUGAUCUGGGCGCAUUUACUUUUUACAGUAUUUUGUUCACACACGUUACCAAUUGUACAUGUUUGUUGUAACAUUAAACAAUCUACAUUUUAACAUUUCACUGCUUUUAAGAAAUGUUUCAACAAAUUAAAAUGAAUCAUUUA